AACACAUAGGUGCACUGUUUGGAUUCACCAUCACACCUCUGGUUUUGGUCAUCCUUGGUGUGUUUGGUGUCUGUAAAAAGAAGAAGUGGGCUCUCAUAGUGUUUACAGUUGGAAUGAUCCUGAUGAGCCUGAUUCUGUUCCCUUCCGCAGUCUUUGUAUUGGCUGGUAAGUCUCAGCUCAUUGAAGAGUUUGGGAAUCAAUACAGGGACGUUGGACCACUGUCUGAAAGUCGGGAAUUUCAACAAAAUUUAUUAGAACAACAGAAAAAAUUUCAAUGCUGUGGAUUAGCUCAGGGCUACAUGGACUGGGGCCACGACAUCCCAGACACUUGCGAAUGCACUGGCAGCGCAACUAGUAAUCCAUGUGUGGAGCUCAACACCAAAUCCAACAGCGUCAGAAUGGUUUAUGAAAAGCCAUGUCUUCCAUACUUGAUGGAAGACUAUGAAUGGUUCGUCACUGUAUUUGGAGGGAUAGCGAUGGCAUUCGUGUUACUCUGGAUGCUGUCUGUGGUGUUGAGUAUCGUCAUCUUGUGUAAGUUGUGCCAGAAGGAAGAUGCUCCAGCAGUGGUCUACCACACAGGAGAAAACUGAAGUAACUUUCUUUUUAAAAUUUCUUUCCUUUCCUUUUUUGGCUGCACUGCUAUGUAUUUUUUUUUCUCUCUCUUCCACUGUAUAUAUUGUGGCUUUUGCACUCAAAUGUAUCAGUGCAUUUUUUUAUUUUUCAUGUCUAAAGCCUAUCUAUACAGUAACACAAAGCUGGUGGUGCCCUGAGACUUUUGCAUAGUAUUGUAUGUACAGUGUAUGUGUAUACAAACACAACACAGCUUUGCAAUUUAUCAGUGCCUUUUCUAUUCCACACCUCAUUAAAACUUUUAAUGUGCUGUUUCAGGACAUUAAGACAAGAAGUCCUGUAUGUAUGGGACUUUUCACUUGACAUUUCUCUAAAACUGUAAAGUACGUUUGGAAAUGUUUGUUUUAAUGACAUAUCAAAUUUGAAAAUGUUUUCGAUUAAAAAGUGCCAAUGUGUGGGAUUUUUCACUUGAAAUUUCCUCUAAAGAUGUACAGUAAAAGUCUGAUUCACAGUAUGCUAGUUGUCAUACAUAGAUGUCCUGAACACAACUUUCGGUCUUUUCCUGAACUGAUUUACAUCUCAAACUUGAGAAUUAUUUCAAUUAAAAAGUGCCAAUAUGGGACUUUUAACUUGAAAUUUCCAUAAAACUCAUUUCUAGUAUGCUAGUAGCAUGGCUAGUAGUCAUAGGCUACUGUAGAUGUCCUGAACACAACUUUAGCAAUCUUUACCUGAACGUAUGGAAUUUUUUGUUUUAAUUAAAGUGUUUUCGAUGAAAA